AUCCAAAAGCAAAAGAAGACUGAAGAUUAAAGCGCCCACAUGCUGCAUUUAAACCUAAAGUUUGACCUGCACAGAGAUGUGGCGUGUGACCUCCUCAGGAAGGAGGCGUCGGUCUGCAGGGUGCAAGAGUACUCUGGAGCAGUGGACACUCGUAUCCUGAACAUUGAGAGGGAUGGGGGCAUCCUUUUCUCCUGGAAGGGAGCAACAGGGACCACCAGAAUUGGGAAAUAUGACCCCAACACCAAGCAGAAUAAGCUCCUGUACACAUUUGACAAGCAGGUGUGUGUCAGCAGCUGUUCCCUGAACAAGGAGGAGACGCUGUUAGCUGUCAGCUUGGCACAAAACACCAGAGGAGAGGAGUGCCUAAAACCAAUAUCCAAGUGUCUGACACUCCUGAUUGAGAUCCAUCCCAUCAGCAACACCAAAGUCCUCAAGGCAGUAGACUGCAGGGUCAAAGUGCAGUUCCUAAAUUCAGACACUGACAGGAGAUCAGUGCUGGAGAGCCACCUGCUGCUGCUGACUGAGGAUGGAUAUGUGGAUCUCUACCAUGUUCUGCUGACAAGACAGGAGGGUUAUAGAGUGGUGAUGGCGAAUCCCGAGCGUUUGUCCAGAACAGUAGAGAGAAUAGUAGAGGACUUCUGCUGGGUCCAGUGGGACGGACACACACAAAGACUCUACUGUCUCACUCAUAAUGUAACACAGGACAAGUUCCUGAUGCGAUGUGUGCAGUUUUACCUCAACCAUAACUGUGAAACUGUGUUGGAACUCCCAUUAGAGUUGCCUGCUAAUCCUUUCCGCACCGUCAAGUUUGUAAAUCUGGGUUUUGACCAUUAUCACAUGGAGAGACCAGAGCAGGAGCUUGUUAAGAUGGAAGUGCUCACAAAUAGAACAGGAAGCAUGUUUGUAUGCUACAGCCAACCCCUUAGAGACAACCAGAACCUCAUCUACACUGUGGUUUCAGUUCACAAAGACUGCAGCAAGACAUUCAGAGCAUCUCUUGGCAGCGAGCAGUCGCCACAGCAGAAAGCCACACAGCUUCAUCCACUCUUUAUCCCCAUAGGUUACUACAUCCUGGUGUAUCUGCAGGGAUAUUUCCUGCAUUGUAUCAACACAAGGCAGCAGGAGAUGCUCUGUCACUCCCUCUUUUUCUCAGGUCCUGACCUGCACUUGGACCCGCAGUGUCAGUCAGCUAACAUGACAGUGUUGCAUGCAGAGGAAGAGUCUAGCGCUAGUCUGUUGGACCUGGCCAGUGGGAGGAUCUACACUCCUGAGCUAAGCCCUGCCUACCUGCUGCAGAUGCUGCAGUCAGACACUCCUUCUAGGUGUUGCAGCAGUAAGACUGACCCCCAGUGUCUGGCUGCCCUCCACUGCCUGCUGGUUUACAUGGGAAACGACCCAACCCUCGAGCUGAAGAUUAUUGAAUGGCUGUGUGACAACGUGAAAGCCUUCGAAUCCUUUGAUCAGAUCCAGGAGUUUAUUCUAGCCUCUUUGUACAGAAUAAGCUAUGAGAAGUCUUUCAGCUUGGAUAAGGUCCUGCCUUACUCCUCUGUAUUCGACAAGAAGGAGAUGCCAAAGUGUCUGUUGGAGGUGCCUGGUGUCUUGUGUACCACUGAGCUGCAUAUUAAACCUGUGUUCAAAGGAAAGUCCAGAAGUCUCCAGGGUUUCUGGUCAGAGCUGCAGUGGAACACAGAGAGGACAAAAUAUCUGGAUGCUGUUCCCAACCCCAGAUACAGAACCUCACACAUACAAACCGACUGGGAUAGACUGAGGUCCGAGAGGAGACCAUCGAGCCACAUGAAUCACAUGGAGGAGAACACAAAGAAAGUUCUAUCAAUGGUGGACACCUGGUGUCUUGAUAAGAAGUUGGUGCCACUUUUCCAGGAGGAGGACCAUCAACAGAGGGCACUCAUAGGCCUGACGGUUGACAAGCUUCGAGAGCAUCUCAGCAGACACCUGCCUCGACUGGGGAAGAAGAAGAUUGACUCACUGGUUGUCAGCUAUGUAGCUAAGUUGCUGGAGCUCAUCAGACACAUGCUGGAGUCAGUCUGGCUAAAGUAUAAACUCGGCCCUCAUGUUUUGUCCCUAAAACAGCGGGGCAGUCCAGCUGAGUGGUCCGUGUUUCACUUCAUGUUUCGGAUCUUAGAAGCCACAAAGGGUCUCUGCCUGCCCCUCCCACCUGGCUAUCACACCCUGUUAGCAGUGUUUGCUGUGCGUUGCCUCCCUCAUCACACCUUCCUACAGUACAUUGACCAAGGCAUCCUGCAGCUCACUGAAACCUUUGUGUCGCGGCUCAUGACAGACUUGGACAACAGUGACGCCAACGAGAGACUGAAGUUCAGCAUACUGAAGAGACUCCCUGAGCCCAUGGAGAAGACGAUCUACCAUAUGUGGGACCAUCCUGUCAGUUCAGCUUCAAUCUCCAGAGAUUAUGUCAGAACUCUGCUGGAGAAACACAACAAAAACAAGGGAUUUGCAUUCACCGGCAGAGACAAGCCAGGCUUCAGACCUGAGUUUCUGCCUCUUACCUACCUGGCAAAAAUACUCUCUGAUAUAGAGGAACAAGCUCUGGACCCUUUCGAGGAGCAGGAGAACGUGGACGCCAGGUUCGUGGAGGAGACGGCUCUGAAGCAGACACUCGUACUGCUGGGCUUUGAGGAGAAAUGAAGGAGAGGAGAGGAGAGGGACAGACGAUGGAUGGAUUACAGGGGGAGGGAAUAGAUGAGGGGGAAAAUAUGUUGGAGAGAACAGACAUCAUUGACUGGGCCUUGAGGACAAGUAACGGAUGGAUGGAUGGAUGAUGGAGGGGAGGGAGGGGGGAGGCGGUAGAUGAAUGGAGAGAUUGAAAGGCAGAGCGCUCAUAAACAACUGUUUGAUGACAAAUUAGGGUGGGACAGAGGGACAGAUGGAUGGAGACGCCCAGAACGGGAAGAUGGAAGAGCUGUGUUGCGCGGUGUGAAAGAGGGACAGCAGCAUCUCACUUCACACAAUACAGCCACGUAUGAACAGUACGACAACUUCUAAACUCAGCAGGGGACGCAGUUAGAUCUUCGGCUAGAGGUUUAAUUCAAUUUGGGGAAACAAAUUCUGAUUGAAAAUCAAUAACUGCAGGCAGCUAUUUAUACCAACUCAUAUUUCUAUGGCGGCAACAAUUCCCUCCACUUUCUCCCACACAAUUUAUGAACGUCGAUGUCAAAUACUGCAAACCGUAUUGAUAAAUCAAACUAACUUGUUUAUCCUCCUCCCGAGCUUCCUGUAAUGCCGCUGCACCCCAUCAACUUGAUUACAUGCUGACAAAAGCUUCGAAGAUAGAGUAGCUUGAUAUGGUCGGUCAGUGGCAGCUGUGCAUUAAAUCUGAUUUUAACACCGAGUUAUACAGAAUCUUUGCAGCCCGAAUAACUCAGCGAGACUGACGGACACUUGCAAAGAUUUAAAAUUACAACCACAUCCGGAUUUAGUGCACCGAUUGUAGCAAACACCGAAUUGAUCAUGUUCAUAAAGAAAAGUCGAUGGGCGGGAAGGAUUUUCAAGCUUCGAGGCAACAUUUUGUUGUUCUAUAGUUCGUUUCUGGCUGUAUUUGUAUGUAAAAUAAUUUAUAAUUUUGCAAGGCUCAGAUACUAGUGCUGGUAUGUUUCUGUGCAGCACGAAAUGAUCUGAUGACGUACGAACAUACUUUGACAAACUCAAACUUGCUUCAUUUUGAUGUGAUACUAUUACACACAUUCUUCUUAUUCUGGAGAAAUAUACAUUUAUAUUUUUACACAAUCUUCAGACAAAGUUCUCAAAUGUUAAACAUUGUCGAAACACAAGCUACCGUACAAGAAGUUUGAUAAUUACACCGUAGAAAAGUCUAAAGCUAGCUUUGAUUUACAGCGAGACCAUUUAAAAGACACACCAGUAAACAAAUAAAAAGUUGAAUUUCUAAGAACACUCAGGGUUCAUGAACUUUAGUGACUUUAGUUCUACAGCACAUUACAACAUGAGUCUACAAAAUGCCUGACAAACCAUGGGAUCAAACAGGACAGUACGGGGUUAAUAAUAAAGGCAAUCACUGAAAUAAGAAGAAAGAGAAUGCUCUGAUGUUACUCAGCCUUCCUACCCACACUUUGACACACACACACACACACACACACACACACACACACACACUCAAACGUCUGGUUUGAAUAAUGUACACGUGCCCUCAAUCAUGACUUGAGCUCUUACUGUAAGUGGAGAGAUUCUUUGGUAGUGUGUGUGUGUGUGUGUGUGUGUGUGUGUGUGUGUGUGUGUGUGUGUGUGUGUGUGUGUAUUCCUUUUUACUGAAUGUUGGCACUCAAUACCACAGAUUGUUUACAUCUCGUGUCAUGCUUUUGAUUUGAGAAAAGAAAAAAAGGGAUCUUGUAAAUCACUCAUGUUUCUUAUGUUUACAAAAAAAAGACAAAUAAAUCAUUUCUUUUCAA